GCGCUAGCCGGCGCGGGGGAGGAGAGAGAGGAGGGCGAGGGGAGGGGACAAGAGAGCUAGCGGUCCCGCCCGGUGAUGUAGGCAGCCCGGGGAGGUGGAGCCGCGACGCCUGAAGGAGUCCCCACCGCAGUCUCGCGCUCUCGGUCUACCCCUGCGAGCGGCCAGCCGCCAACCCCAGCUCCGGCGACCUCCCUGCCGCCGCAAUUUGGGCGGCGGGGACUGCGGGAUCCCCCCCCCCAGUUCAGGCCCGGGGGGCCCCUCCACCACGCCCAGUCCCCCUCCCCUCCUCGCUUCCCGGACGGCUGGAGCUACUCCCGGGGGAAGCUGUUCCCGGACGCUCGGCCGCCGCCCCGGCAUCUCGGCUGCCAGCCCGGCCGGGCACCGGGCAUCUCCGGGCACCGACUGGCUCCGGCGCCGCCCAGCUGCUCGCGACCCCGGGGCCGCGGGCUUCUGCUCGCCCUCCCCUCCCCCGGCCGCCGGCCAGGACGCCCGUGAGCUCCCGGUGCCCCCAGCCCCUUUGGCCGCCGCCGCCGCGAUGCUGCCCUGGAGACGCAACAAAUUCGUGCUGGUGGAGGACGAGGCCAAGUGCAAGGCGAAGAGCCUGAGUCCGGGACUCGCCUACACGUCGCUACUCUCCAGCUUCCUGCGCUCCUGUCCGGACCUGCUGCCCGACUGGCCGCUGGAGCGCCUGGGCCGCGUGUUUCGCAGCCGGCGCCAGAAAGUGGAGCUCAACAAGGAGGACCCGACCUACACCGUGUGGUACCUGGGCAACGCCGUCACCCUGCACGCCAAGGGCGACGGCUGCACCGACGACGCCGUGGGCAAGAUCUGGGCGCGCUGCGGGCCGGGCGGGGGCACCAAGAUGAAGCUGACGCUGGGGCCGCACGGCAUCCGCAUGCAGCCGUGCGAGCGCGGCGCCUCGGGGGGCUCGGGGGGCUCGGGGGGCCGCCGGCCGGCGCACGCCUACCUGCUGCCGCGCAUCACCUACUGCACCGCGGACGGGCGCCACCCGCGCGUCUUCGCCUGGGUCUACCGCCACCAGGCGCGCCACAAGGCCGUGGUGCUGCGCUGCCACGCCGUUGAGGAUGACAUAAACCACAGCAUAGUACCAACUGCCACCAGGCUACAGAAGGGGAUCUCUGGGGGCAUCACUGCCACCAAGUGA